AACUGACGUCAGCUGUGAAAGGAUGAAUUAAUAAUAAAGCAAAACAUUCGAAGUUGGCGAGUCCGUAUUUCAUUGUUCCGUAUUUUAGAAAACAUUUACUUUUAUGUUCAGUCAAAACGUAAAUUCCAUUUGUCGCAGUUGGACUACCAACCAUAGCAUUUUGUGUGUAAUGUUCGAAUCGAUUUACGAAGGUGUGGAUUAAAUAAGAGGGGAAACCCUAAAACAGCCUGGAGGUUCAUACGACGUACCGUUCCUUUAAACAACCGCGAACCGAAGGAUUCACAGUUCAACAAAAGCAGCUGGAAGAAUGAGUGGGCGAGAGGCCCACACGAUGCAGUUCUUCUUGAAUCAAGCUCUAAGAAAGGUGUAAAACGAAUCGCUCAUCAAUUUGGACCUACAAAUAUUAUUCAUUGAUUCGCUAACCAGAACAUUACUGCUGGAUCAUAUCUGACGAGCGCUGAGUCCAAAACUCUCGGAGGAAUGAACUUUUGGCUUUUGUCGAAGCCAGACUAUAUUUAAGGAGGAGUCCUUUCAACGUUCACAAAGAAGCAGAUUCUGUUGGCCUAUUCAAGCCUUUUCUUGUAGACAUGUUGUCUGAUCAUUAUCAAGCACACCCACGUGAGGAAAUCAUGAAGCCUGCCCACAUUUUCAGAGAUCAAGUCAAUGUUGUAAAUGGAUGGUUUAGCAACUGGAAUGAUAUUGAACAGACAAUUGCUUGUUAUUUUUUGCUGAGAAGGCUGGGACCAACUCAAGCAAGAUUUUUAUCAUUGGUUCUUGAUCAUACUUUCAAAGACAGUGCCAAUGAUGUUCAAAUGUUGGAACAGGAAGCCAACAAUAAAGAAUUCCUGAUGAGUUUGUACAAAGAAAACAAAGACUUUGCAGUGCAAAGUUUGCUGAUGCACUUGCCUCUAUUGCACCCUGGAAAUAAUGAGGCAAAGGAGCAAUACCUUACUCUACUACCCCAUAUUUUGUCACAUUCAUUAGAAAAGUCAGUCCAUGAAGAAGAGUGCAGGCAGCUCUUUUCUUUGGCAGUUGUCCAUCCUGCCUUCACACAUCAAGAAAAAGGUAAACUAAAUCAUUGGCUAAGCCAUCUCACUGAAAAAGAAGAAAAGAGUAAAGAAAAACGCCACAAUCUUGCACUGCACCACACCCUGUCUGAUUCAUCAGCACACUACAAUAAAGGAGGCCAGGACUCUUGGAGAAUUCAAGCUAGCAAUCACAUUCUUCAUGGUGGACAAACAAAUGGAUGGAGACCUCAAACUCAGGCACAAACACAACCUCAGCAGCAGCAGGUUCCACAGAUGAGAAAGCGUCUAGAUCACAAAGACUCUGGAAUAAGCACAUCUUUUGAUGAAUUAGGGUCCCCUGCAUCAGGUGACAUUGGGCUAUUGGAUUCUUAUGAUGACAUUGGGCAUGUGCAAACAAGGGUAACAAGAUCUUCAUCGUUUCCAGUGGAUCCCAAGAAUCUUCACAAAAAAGUUUCUCCACAGCAGUCAUUGGACAGUGAUGACGAAUUUUUGAGCAGAAGAUUUGGGAGUCCAGAUGAGACAAUUUUGGCACAGCCAGGCAUGAAAGAUGUUCAUGGAUGGUUGAAAAGCCUCAGGCUUCACAAAUACAGUAACAUAUUCAGUGAAAUGACAUACGAGGAAAUGUUGGGAUUGUCAGAUGACUUCUUGAAGGGCAAGGGUGUAACCGUUGGGGCAACAAACAAGAUUUUAGUCUGCUUGCAAAAGCUCAAAGAAAGGCCACAAUUGUUGGCGACUUUAGAAAAGGAAGUUUUGCAGAUGGGGAAAUUGCCAAGUGUCUUAGCAGAGCUGAAACAGAUUGUAAUAACCCCAAUUAAGCCACAUGUUUGCUCGCCUCCUGUGUCUCAGAGCGAGACAGCAGAUACAGUCAAUGCGUCAGUGGGUGUCAUUGGAGAUCCUCCUGAUCCAGAUGACCUUCCCUCUCAGAUUGUUAAGGUUAUGGGAAAAGCCUGCACUCAGAUUUUGGUGGCCCAGCAGGAUGAAGAGUAUUGCUUAACAUAUCUCUGGAUUGUUGAAAAGAUUCUAGCAAAUGAGGCAUUUACUCCUCCCCAGAAGAGAAAGCUGCAAUCUUGGAAGAUUCAGUGCAAAAAUAUGGCAAAGCAGCUUGUUACCAACAGGAAAGUCGCAAAUACCGAAAAAAGUCUCAGAAGUUGGAUGAUGGAUCCAAUCGGCCCCAACAUGGGGAAAAGACGCAGCCCUCGCGGUGGCUCCCUUAAAGGCACCUCAAGCACUGGAUUGGGGAUUGCUAGAGCCGGACCUCUAGCCAAUUUCCAUAAAAGGCUUGGGCCAUCUGCCUCUGUGUCCUUCAACAAUCCAAUUAAAAGCCACCAGUCAGUAUGCCGCACCAAAUCUGCACCAAUACGACCAUCCCACAUUGGGCAAGCACUGCAUCCUGAUGUCACAGAAGAUGGCCCAAAUAAAAGUUUUGAAAAUUUGGAGACAUUGUGUAGAAGCAUGACAGAACAUGCAUUGGAAGGUGACUCCGUAGAGAAGUCUUCAGACCAAUUCUGAACUCAUAAAAGCAUAGCAGCUAAUCAUUGAGACUGGUUUAUGACUGAUAUAGCUUGUAUAAUAGAGCAUAUUAUAUUUGAACUGACUAUGGAGCUGGUCUUAUCACUUAACGUCUGUUGUUGCUACGUUCUCAUUGGAGUAUUGCAACGCUAAAAUUUCAAAUGAUACUUAAUAAACCUCUGGUAGGAAUGUUCAUUACGUUCGUCGUGUAACUUCGUCUUAAAUCAAAUCAACUUAUUUAACAUAUUUAAGCAGUAUUAGAAAUGUCUAGUUCGAACAGAUGAGUUUUGUGGUAAUGGGAAGCUCCUUUUUCGACUGCUCGCCGAAUGCAUUACCCUAUGAUUACCCUAGCAUUAGCCGUUCGUACAUACGAAUUAUCCAACACCACCCUUGGCUACAACCAUGCCUUGAUACGAACCCUUUUCCCAUUGUAAAAACUGCCUAAAAGAAAUGUUUAAGUUGCUCCAAUAGACCACCGCGUUUAAAGCUAUCACAUGAUUAUUCCUUGACGUUUGCAAAGUUUAACAAAAAAGUUCCUGUAAAGUGCAUCCCCUUGUCUUAAUUUUUGCUGAGCAUACCAUUUCUACUGCGUUUUUACUUUUCAUAUUUCUUGUAGACCUUUAUUCGAAAUUAAGUUUUUAAAUUAUACCGAGCAGUUAUAAUUCUGCUGUAUAGCCUUGUAUUUUAAACCGGUUUGCUAAUUUACCUUUUUGGUAGAUACAGACUUUCUUGUAUGCCACUGGCUGGAGCUACGCAAAAUGCCGUUUUGUUGUCACCAUAAGCAGGCAGCGCCUUUUCUUGUUGAGUAAGCUAUUAGUCCUCUUGUUAGUUUAGAGCUGGACCUCAAAUCGGCGUCUUUGUGCUAUUGUUAUUAUCAUUGUUCUAUUAUGUCGUAAUCUAGAGUAGCCAAGGUCUCGACUUGCUUUUGGUAAGUCUAGUCUAGAUGCUUUGGCCACAGAGACCCGUUUAACACAUUUGAAUAGGGUAUUUCUCUACAUAGAAUAGGGUGUAAUUGACGAAAAGUAACCCUCGAGUUUUCUUAGCCCUGUUCUCAGCGAUCACUUUAAUGUAGCUGUUGCGUUGUCGACCCAUCCCUUACGUGCAAAGUGAAAACGAAUGGUGCAAUUUAGCUGCAAGGCAUUUAUUUUAGUAAGAUUUUAAUUCCCAAUGCUUAAUAAACAUAUUUGAUGUCACCUAUAUCAAAGCCUGUUCACAUCAGCGUCGCUGCCAGUUGAAUAAAGAACGUCCUGCAUCGAAUCGAGACUUUCGAUGACUUCUGUUUGCGUUAGGCAGUUUUGCAGGCCAAAAUGAGGCUACAAUAUAUAGUGAAGGGAUUUGGACUUGCGAGGGCGCUAGAUGCUGUUAACGGGUCGCAACCAGGCUUCACCUGACAAGUAUUCUCGUAGAAAUUAUAGAGUAGGAAAGUACUUAUAGUUGAUUCAUAAUUACAAUGCCUCGUCAAAUUCCAUAUGGUAAUUUGAAAAUGUUUUGAGUUCGUAAUUAUAAUUGACCAAAAUUGGAGUUCAUUUUAAAAUGGUAUUUUAUGCUAUUCAUGCCAGUAACCUUAAA